AAGGACUCAUGGUUCUCGAGUCAUUUUAGGGAUCGGGUUAAAUGAUCCGAGUUUCGGGUGACUCGCUCAUCACUAGUAAGUAUCCGUAGUCAGGCCCCACAAACGCUUUCUCUUCGAGACACCCGGACGUGUGUACUGAAGGUCGUGAAUUAAACGGACGACAAUGUCACUCACAAAGCCAGCAAUGAGAGGACUCCUCGCCAAGCGUUUGAGGUUUCAUCUGCCCAUUGCCUUUGGUCUUGCCCUGUUUGCAGCAGUCUCAUUCAAGUUCGGAGUCUCCGAGCCAAGGAAAAAGGCAUACGCUGACUUCUACAAAAAGUACGAUGCUAUGAAGGAGUUCAAUGCAAUGAAAGAAGCUGGUGUUUUUGAAAGUGCCAGGCCUUCUGGAGAAUAAAUUAAUGUCAUGUUUUGUGCCCCCCUGUGUUCCCUGUCUGGAUUGAAUCUUUAUAAGAUUACUGGAAGUGAACAUAAAUGUCUGAUGUUCUCUCAAGUAUACAAAUAAACUAUUUACACCUA